AUUGCGUUGGACAUCGCAUUACUGAUGAUGACACCUAAACAUCGCCGCAGCAGCUUGGUGCGCCAGCUUCUACUCUAAUUUGACCGUGACGGUACUCGUCUCUGAGCAAACACCAUCUCACCAGCUGCCAAGUGACCGGUCCUCCUGCGACAGACGGUUCUCGCAUGUGAGCGGCGGCACGGCACAGUGGGCACAAUGCGCCGUCUCGAGCUCUUGUUGGUGGUCGCUGGCCUGCGCUUGUGCAGCGCACGUCACCACGCCUUCAGCAUCCACGAGGAUAUGCUGGCACACCCUCAGUUCGAUGUCGUAUUCUCAAACUCCUUCAUAUGGGAAGACGAGGCCUUGGCCGUCCUGCAAGGCAAGACCAAACUCACCUCGGCCACGAUAUCCUCCGAGUCGGCCCCCACCGACGCGCAUAGCUCGGUAAAGAAGACGACACAGGAAGUGCAGGACGACACGACAAGCAAACAAGAUGCGGGCAGCGACGACGACGACGACGACAGCACCGUCGUGCUCGCGGAGAAGUACGAGCUGAUCAACCACCCACCUUUCCGCUUUCUCUGCGCAACGCCUGUCCUGGCCCCGACGGCCGCGCCGAACCACACCGCUACCGAGCUCGCCAAGGCCGAGGAGGCACGCGAAGUCGAGCGCGCUGCCGCACGCGGCUGGGAGCUUAUGGGCGGCCUCGAGGGCAAGUGCCUCUUCUACCAGUCGGGCUGGUGGAGCUACACGUUUUGCUACAACGGCGAUGUCGUUCAGUUCCACGCGCUACCCCCCCAGGGCGGCGGCUCUCCGGUCCGGGACCCCUCCGCCCCAGAAUACGUUCUUGGCAGGUCGCUGCCCCAAAACGCAGACAGUUUAGUGGGGAGCGCCAAGAACGGCGGGGCUGGAGGUCGUCACGGCGGCUUUGACAUUGACGCCGCGGGCAGGGAGGAGCAGGCGGUGCUGCAGCAGAAGAGCGGAAGCUCAAAACACAUUCCCGCGGGCACGACAGAGAUGGUAGUUAAAGGAGACCAGCGCUACCUGGUGCAGCGCCUCGACGGCGGCACCGUGUGCGACCUCACCAGCCGCCCGCGCACGAUCGAGAUACAGUACCACUGCGCCCCCGGGACCACGGUCGAUAGGGUCAACUGGAUCAAGGAGGUGACGACGUGCACGUACCUAAUGAUGGUUCAGACCCCGCGCCUCUGCGAGGACGGCGCCUUCCGGCCUCCCAAGCCCGUCCGCUCGCAUCCCAUCACCUGCCGCCGCGUCGUGACUUCGGCCGAGGAGGCGCGCGGCCUGCUCGUCGAGGGCUGGGGCGGCGGCCUCCCCGAGACGGCAGCCGACGCGCUGGGUCCUCCGGUCGGCACGCGGCAGGCCCCCCAGGGCGGCGGCGGCAAGCCGCAGCGCCACCUCCGCGACUUCAAGGGCGUCAACAUCGGCGGGCAGGUCAUCGGGAGCCGCAGCAUGCUCGGGCGGUCCGAGGACGGGCAGGGCGCCGUCAAGCUCAACCCGCCGCCGCGCAGGCGGACCGGGGCGCGGGUGGCGGGCGCCGAGCCCAAUGCGCCGCAGGUGCAGGUUCUCGCCGUGGGCCAGAGCAAGGCCGAGGGCGGCCGGGUCGAGGUGGUGCUGGACCACGACCUCGAGUCGCUCGGACUAGACCCGGCCGUGGUCGAGGCGCUGCGCGACGAGCUGCAGGGCCUGGCCGCCGACCACGGCUGGAAGCUCGAGAUGGUGGACCAGCCCGGCCGCGGCGUCGAGAUCCGUGCCAUCGUGCUCGACCCGGAGCACCCGCAGUUCUUCAGCUACGACGGCUACUCGUACGAGGACACCAAGGCCGCCGCCGACGACGCCCAGGACAGCGGCAGGAGGUCCGGCGUCAGGCGGGACAAGGCCGGUAACAACGCCGCCGCUGCCGGCAAGCGCGCGCAGGACUUCCUGGAUAGCCAGGCGAAGCAGGACAGCCAGGCAGCGGAGAAGCAGAGCAAGGAAAAGCAGAGCAAGGAAAAGCAGGAAAAGGGCAGGCAGGAGAAGAAGAAGGAAGGUGCGGACGAAGCUGAAUCUGGUAGCGAAGAGCAUUUCUUUCGGAAGGACGAGCUGUGAUGGACGGCCAGAGAGAUAGUAAUGACGUCGAUGGCCUCUACAUACUUAUUCGAUUGCAUGUUACUCUUUUUCAAUAUGAAGGCCGGUGCGCAACUGGAAGCUGGCCAUUACGGCGGAUCCUUUGUCCGAAAUACGCCAUCCAUAUUUUACAGCUGCCCAAGCUCAG